AUGCUUCGACUACCCACAGUCCUUGGCCAGAUGAGACCAGUGUCUAGGGGACUGGCUCCUCAUCUCAUUCGGGCUUAUGCCAAAGAUGUAAAAUUUGGUGCAGAUGCCCAAGCCUUAAUGCUUCAAGGUGUAGACCUUUUAGCCAACACUGUAGCUGUUACAAAGGGAAGAAAGGUAAUUAUUGAACAGAGUUGGGGAAGUCCCAAAGUAACAAAAGAUGGUGUGACUGUUGAUGGAGAAUCUCUAAGUACACUUGUUUUGAAUAGGCUAAAAGUUGAUCUUCAGGUUGUGGCAGUUAAAGCUCUAGGUUUUGGUGACAAUAGAAAGAACCAACUUAAAGAUAUGGCUAUUGCUACUGGUGGUGCAGUGUUUGGUGAGGAGGAUUUGACCCUAAAUAUUGAAGAUGUUCAGCCUCAUGAUUUAGGAAAAGUUGGAGAAGUCAUUGUCACCAAAGAUGAUGCCAUGCCUUUGAAAGGAAAAAGUGAUGAAUCUCAAUUUGAAAAUCAUACUCAAGAAAUCACAGAGCAAUUAGAAACCACAAAUAGUGAAUAUGAAAAGGAAAAACUUAAUGAACGAUUGGCAAAACUUUCAGAUGGACUAGCUGUGCUGAAGGUUGGUGGGACAAGUAACGUCGAAGUGAAUGAAAAAAAAGACAAAGUUACAGAUGUCCUCAAUGCUACAAGAGCUGCCAUUGAAGAAGACAUUGUUCUGGGUGGGGGCUAUGCUCUCCUAGCCUUGGACUCACUAAUUCCAGCUAAUGAGGAUCAGAAAAUUGGUAUAGAAAUCAUUAAAAAAAAAAAACACCACUUAGCAAUGACCAUUGCUAAGAAUGCAGGUGUUAAAGGCUCUUUGAUAGUUUAGAAAAUUCUGCAGAGUUCCUUAGAAGUUGGCUAUGAUGCUAUGCUUGGAGAUUUUGUGAAUAUGGUAGGAAAAGGACUCACUGGUCCAACAAGGGUUGUAAGAACUGCCUUACCAGAUGCUGCUGGAGUUGCUUCUCUGUUAACUACAGGAGAAGUCAUAGUCACAGAAAUUCCUAAAGAAGAAAAGGACCCUGGAAUGGGCACAAUGGGUAGAAUGGGAGGUGGUAUGGGAGGAGGCAUGUUCUAA